AUGCGCUGGGCCGAUGGGGACUCAGAAGGUCCCAUUGAGCGAGGCCCAACGGAGACGGGAAACGACUUCGACAUCCGAAUGCAAGAAGAGCCGGAUGGAAUGCUCGCAGCGGAAAAGAUCGUGCAGGUGCUCAAGGAGAAAGGCGUUUGCGUAGUGCAAGCCAACGCUCCUCUCCCGCUGGUGUCCAGUGCUUAUGAAGAAGCAGAGAGCCUCUGGGAGGAAGGCGAGUUCAAGCCGCCCCUGCGGGUCCACGACGACCGGAGCCUCUUAGAAGCACAACUCUGGCAGCAGGCGCUCCAGGACGUCGACAAAGCCGUGUGGAUUCGAGAGUCAGAUUCUAAAGCCAUCCAGCUGAAAAACGCGCUGAAACUCUUGGGCCGGAACAUGGCCGACUUCUGCGCAGGCCUCGGUCCACUGCUGGAGAAAGAGAUCGGAGUCUCCUUCGAUCGGCUUGGGCAGCCGCUUCUGACCUGCUAUACGGGGGAUCGCCAGUACAGUGUCCACAUUGACAACCCCCACAACGGAGACGAUGCAGGGCUGCCUGACAACGGCAUGCGGCUCUCCUGCGCGUACUACCUCAACACGAACUGGGAUCCGGAGUCGGGGGAACAGGGCGGCCUGGACAUCUUCCUCUCCGAUCCCAGCGUGGCGGUUGCGCCCAGCGCAGCGCGGAAGCAGCCGCGGCUAAGGGUGGCCCCGCAUGCCGACACGCUGAUUUUGCAUCUAGCAGAUCGCAUGGCCCACCGCGUGAUCCCAACGCAAGGUAUCGAGGAGAGAUGGUACGCUUUGCAACUCUGGGGGCUGCAUGGGGAGUCCAUGCAGCAGAUGUCCAGGAAGCUGCUAGCCAUGCGGCAACCGGCGAAAGCCGAGUCUGACGACGAGGACUGA